CUGAAGUUUGAUUUCUUGAAACUGUGCAGUUUGUUCUUUCUCGACAACUGCCGCUCGAAUCUUCAAGCUACCGGUAGUGCGAGUCGGGCCUGUGCGACAAUAACAAACUCUUCUUGCUAAGUACUUACAACCAUAGUACCAGUGAAGGCGCAAUGGUGCUAGGACAAUACGAGAUGGACCGAUAUGGUGAGCAGUCGUGUUGUACCAUAGCAGCUUGUAUGAAGCUUGUAAUUAUUGCUCGUUUUCCCGGAUUCCCUACCUUUAGAUCACUUAAGUGUCAAAACGCAUCGUUUUGUUAUUGUUAUUAGCGCUUACUGUUAAUAAGUUUUCGGAAUAAUAAAAAACCAAGUAUUUUAUCGCUGUUUUAACAGCGUUUCCUAUUUACACAUAAGGCAGGCGUUUGAAAUUUGACUACGGUUUACCGUUUACGGCUGAAAACUGAUUCAGCCCUUUACUGCAAUAUGGAACCCAUGGACAUCGAUGCGAACAUAGAAACAAGCCGUAACCAACAAGGAAGUGGAAGCCUUCAGCAGACUGUAGAUGGCCAGUCUAUCGGACAACCACAAGCAGUAAAGCUGCAAGACAUCGAGUUGAUAACCAUCACCGGAAAACAAUGCGGAAUCCCGCAGUCCAUUCCGUCGCCUGUGGUGUUUGUGGAUGCCGUCUCAAAGGCCGGCUGGAGUCUCCGUUCGGACCAUAACCAGUCGGUUUCGGAAGUCUAUCGUGUCGUUAAAGAUCUGCAUACUCAGCAGAAAUUUACAGAGUUGACGUUAAUCUAUAUUUCCAAACUGCAGCUGAUCGUUGUCUGUGGUAAAGAGCCCGUGGAAGAGAGCGCGGAAAUGCAACCAGGAGAGUCGACAGCGGAAUUUGUGGUGAUGACGAGAUUUAUCUCGGAGGAGGAACAGCAGAAAAUGUUCAUCUAUGUGGUCCCGGGAAGCUUUGCGCUGGGCACGAUUACCGGCACAAUGCGGUUCAUCUUGGACGACGAAUUGCAGACUGUCUCAAAAGUGUUGAAUGAGCAUUAUCAGAUUCAGCCAAAACCUGGAUGGACGCUGGCUGUUACCGACUGCGAUCAAGUAUGCUAUUACGUGGAGCGGAUGUUGACGUUGGACCAACUAAAGCCGCAGCCAAACCGCGACCGAGACGAAGAGCUUUGCGAAUUCUUCGGAAUUAAUCGCGCCAUCAAUGCCCGUCGGCAGGAUCGCCUGCGAGUCCAACAGGAGAAGCGUGAACAGCGAAAACAACAAGAAACUCAACAAAACACAGAUCUGGUGCCGGGAGCGGCGGAUGAAGAUGAAGAUUGGGAGAACGAUGCAUUAUCACAGAGCGAUGAUUCUGUUGGAAAUUUCGAUGAGCCUGAUGAGUACGACAUACUGGACCAGUAGAAAUUGCAAAAAUCGAUAUAAUAAAUGCCGCUGGUUUUAUUAUGACGCUUUUAGUUCUGAGUUUGAGACAGUGUCACAUUUGAAUUCUUUUCAGUAUAAUAAUCGCUUUAUGUUCUUCGUUAGUUAGCCCGAGAAACGUAAUGACACUCCAUGACAGGUUGUUUGGUUCUUUCGGAUUUUAGUUAAAAAGAAAACUAACUUUCGGAUGGCUCUUUGAC